AUAAGUCGCAAAGCCUUUUCCAAGGGUUUUGUAUUCGGCACCGCUGCAUCGGCUUAUCAAGUCGAAGGAAUGGCUCUUAAAGGAGGAAGAGGACCAUGUAUUUGGGAUGCAUUUGUCAAGAAACCGGGUAUUAUUCCCGGAAAUGCUACUGCCGAUGUCACAGUUGAUGAAUAUCAUCAUUAUAAGGAAGAUAUUAAUAUCAUGAAGGAACACAAUUUCGAUGCAUAUCGAUUCUCAAUUUCUUGGAGUAGAAUUUUUCCAAAUGGCACGGGAGAAAUCAAUUGGGAAGGUGUAGAUUAUUACAAUAGAUUAAUUGAUUACUUGAUAAUUCAAGGUAUUACUCCUUAUGCAAAUCUCUAUCAUUAUGAUCUUCCGUUGGCAUUACAUGAGGAGUAUUUGGGUUGGUUAAGCCCAAAGAUAGUGGAUGCAUUUACGGAUUAUGCUGAUUUUUGUUUUAAAAGAUUUGGUGAUAGAGUUAAGAAUUGGUUCACUUUUAAUGAGCCAAGAGUUAUAUCAGCUCUUGGUUACGAUAGUGGUUUACAUGCUCCUGGAAGAUGUACUGGUUGUGAAGAUGGAGGGAACUCAACCAUAGAACCUUAUAUUGUCACUCAUAAUCUUAUUUUAUCCCAUGCAAAGGCAGUAAAAAGAUACCAUGAGAAAUAUCAAGAGAAGCAAAAGGGUCGAAUUGGAAUUCUCUUAGACUUUGUGUGGUACGAACCUCAUACUAACCAGUCAAAAGACAAAGCUGCAGCUCAAAGAGCUAGGGAUUUUCACCUCGGAUGGUUCCUUCGUCCUCUAAUAUAUGGUCAAUAUCCGGAAUCAAUUCAAGAAAUCGUAAAAGAUAGGCUUCCUAAAUUCACUUGUGAACAAGUGAAGUUGGUAAAAGGCUCGUAUGACUAUAUCGGGAUCAAUCAUUACACAACAUACUAUAUGAAGGAUAAUGGCAUGACUAAUUCAACACCUACUAGCUAUCAAGAUGAUUGGCAUGUUGAGUUCAAAUAUGACCGAGAUGGUGUGCCAAUUGGUCCUUUGGCGAACUCUGAUUGGCUCUACAUAGUUCCAUGGGGAAUUUACAAGGCCAUAACCUAUGUAAAAGAAAACUAUGACAACCCUAUCAUCAUUUUAUCAGAAAAUGGAAUGGAUCAACCUGGAAAUGUCACUCUUCCACACGGCUUGGAAGAUACGAUGAGGAUUAACUAUUACAUGAGAUAUAUUGCUCAUUUGAAGAGGGCUAUAGACGAUGGUGCCACGGUGAUAGGAUACUUUGCAUGGUCACUUCUGGAUAACUUUGAAUGGAGGUUGGGUUACACUUCAAGAUUUGGUAUGGUGUAUGUGGACUAUAAGAAUAACAAACGAUAUCCAAAGAAUUCAGCUACUUGGUUCAAGAAACUUCUCAAGAGGAAGACAAAUUAA